AUGUCGGCGCUCGUAUCUGCCCUCCGCGCCGCCGGCCGGCACCAUCUCUCCGCUGGCACCCUCAUCACGAGGCCGGUGACGGGCUCCUACCUGUUCAGGAUCGACCAGUACAAGUGCAUCCAGAAGAUGGUCGGCAACGGCACGGUGAUCAAAUCAGCCACGUUCGGCGCGGGAGGCCACGACUGGCGCAUCAAGUGCUACCCGAGGGGCGAAGUAGGAUAUCGAGGCUACAUCUCCCUUUACCUCGAGCACGCCAGCCAUGGCCGCACCGGUGACGCCACGGCUGAUUACUGCAUGAGCAUCCUCGACCACGCCGGAAACCCAUCGUGGACCAAGGGUAAUGCACAAUUAUCGGAUGAAACCGAUAGUGAGAGUGAGAGUGAAACUGAGACCCAGGCGAACAACUUCUCGAACCACGACGCGUUUGGCUGGGGUGCCUUCAUGAAGAUCGAAGACCUUGACGAGGAGGAGCACCUCAAGGACGGCUGCUUGUGCAUCCUCUGCGACGUGACCGUCCUUGACAUGCGCACCACGGACUACGGCGCUCGGCGUGCAUCCACGGGCGCCAUGGUGCCGCCGCCCGGCCUGCACCAGCAACUCACGGAGGACCUCUGGGAGUCCAAAGAGGGGGCGGACGUGGAGAUCCAGGUCGGCGGGGAGACCUUCCCGGCGCACAGGUGGAUGCUCGCUGCCGUGUCUCCUAUCUUCAUGGCUGAGCUGCUCCGGUCGCCUGCAGCCACGAGGAUACGUGUCGACGGAAUUGAUGCCGGGGUGUUCAAGGCGCUGCUCCACUUCAUCUACACAGAUGCCCUGCCGGAAGAGAUGGCGAAGCAAGAGGCGUUGGCGACGAUGGCUAAGCCGCUGCUCGUGGCGGCGGACAGGUACAAGCUGGACAGGCUGAAGCUGGUCUGCGAGGAGGCGUUGUGCGGGCAUAUCAAUAUGUUUUCGGUCGGCGCAACGUUGGCGUUUGCAGAGCAGCAUUGUUGCCGCGUGCUUAAGGAGGCUUGCAUGCACUUCCUCACUGAUCCGUGUAAUCUUGAAGCAGCCGUGGCAACCCGUGGUUUUGAUCAGUUGAAGGCAGCUUCUUGCCAUCCAACUCUCAUGUCGAAGCAGUAG